AUGAAAAAUUUUGUUCCACAUCGUCAUGUUGGGUGGCGUGUGAUUAAAUCAACAUGCGUUCUUAUUUUUAUUGUAUGUCUUGUUAAUACACAUUAUUUUUAUAUCUUAGGUGUUAAUAUGACAUUACGUAUUCCAAUACAAAACAAAUAUAAAAAUAGUUCUAAUGAAACUCAUCAUGUAACAACACGUUUUGUAUGCAUUGCAAGUGUAGAAUUUAAGAAAUUUUUUGGUUUAUAUUUACCAAUAUUUGAUUUACUUUCUGUAGCUAUUAUUCCAUUUCUUCUAAUGAUAUUUACAAAUAUAGGCAUAAUACGUACAACAAAACAUACAAGUAUUUUAUUCACAUCACGAAAACAAAAACGAAACAAUCGUCUUACGGUUAUGUUAUUAUCAGUUAUAUUGGCAUUUAUGCUUUUAACAUGUCCAUCAGUUAUAUAUAUAUGUAUAAAUCGUAUUACUCGUUUAACAUCACCAGGAAUAUUUUCUGAUAGAAAAUUAGUUAUAAUUGAUUUACUUGAAUCAUUAUGGUACACAAAACAUGCAUUAAAUUUUAUAUUAUAUACAUUAAGUGGACAAGAUUUUCGAAGAGAAUUUCGAAAAUUAAUAUCAUGUUCGAAACGAACAACAUCAAAUACAUUACGAUAUCAACGACGACAACGACAACAACAUCAACACAAAGAAAGUAAUCGUGCCUCAAUGCAUACUUAUAAUUCUUCUCGCCGAUCACCUUCAAUUAAUACUCAUUUACAUAAAUUGAAGAAAAAACAACAAUACUAUAAAGGAAAUAAUCAAUCAACAAUGGCAUAUUCAAAAGCAACACAAAAUAAAAUAAUCGAUGAUGGAGAAAGUACUCUUGCUGGUGAAUGUGGUUUGUUUUCUGCUACUUCAAAUGUGGUAUCACCGACAACACCGUGGUGA